AUUUCAGUUCAACCUCAUCGCUCGAUUGAUCAAGUUUAAAGAUGCAGCCCGCGAAAGCUGAAGACCAAGAUCUGGAACUGCUGUCAAAAAUUUUCCAUUUGUUGGAAUCGGAACGAGUUUUCAAGCCCCACAAGGAAGACAAAAUAUUUCCUUUUGUACCACCUACGGAACUUAAAGACCUCUUCGACUUGAACCUCGAAAAUGUUCAACCGACAAGUGCCGAAAACCGAGAAGCAACUCUGCGUAAGGUCAUUCAGUACUCGAUAAAGUCCAACCAUCCCAACUACCAUCACGAGAUGUUUGCCGGGCCAGAUCUUUGUGGCCUUGCUGCUUCAUGGAUCACUGACGCUUUGAACGCGAUGCAGUUUACAUUUGAAGCGGCGCCGGUUUUCUCCCUGAUCGACACUGCGGUUUUGCAGUACCUUUUGGGAUUGUGCGGCUUUCCGGAUGGUGAAGGAGUUUCUACUCCUGGUGGAUCCGUCGCUAAUAUGUACGCGAUCGCAAUGGCUCGCCACAAAUUGAUGCCCGAACUUAAGAAAAACGGAAUGUACAACGUGCAAAAAUUUAAAAUUUUCACUUCUCAAGAUGCUCAUUACAGCAUCACGAAAAGUGCAAACUGGCUCGGACUAGGUGAGGAAAAUGUGCUCAGGAUUGCAACGGACGAUCGUUGCCGGAUCAACGUUGACGCACUGGACCGAGCCAUCGCUGAGUCUAUCGACGAGGGUUGCAAACCUUUGAUAGUUUCGGUUACAGCUGGCACCACCGUUUUCGGUGCUAUCGAUAAACUGGACCGGGUGGCUGAUGUCUGUCAGCGGUAUAAAGUUUGGAUGCAUGUUGAUGGAGCUUGGGCAGGUGCCGCGCUUCAUUCCCGGAAAUAUCGAUCCCUGUUGGCCGGAUUGGAACGAGCCGAUUCGGUUAGUUUAUGUCCACAGAAAAUCGUUGGAGUGCCGUUGCAAUGUUCGAUGUUUCUCAUGCGACACCGUGGUUUGUUGAAAGAUUGUAACGCUGCCUGUGCCGAAUAUCUUUUCCCGACUGAUAAGUACUACGAUGUGGCCUACGACACCGGAGAUUUGUCGGUGCAGUGCGGUAGAAAAAUCGAUUCGUUCAAGUUUUGGUUUAUGCUGAAGGCUCGUGGUACAGAUUGGUUUGAAAAAUCCGUUGACUCCGCUUUGGAUUGCGCCCAAUACUUCAAGAAGGCCAUCAGUGGAAAUCCCUACUUUAAGUUGGUCUUACCGGAGUAUGAGUUCACAAAUAUUUGUUUCUGGUUCAUUCCCAAACGGCUUCAACUGGAUCCAAAUGGAGGACAAGAAUCCGACGAAUGGUGGAAGGAAAUCCAUAAGGUGACACUUGCUUUGAAGGCAAAAAUGGUGAAGAAGGGCAAUUUGAUGGUCAGUUAUACAUCGAACCAUCACAAGAGAUUGGGGUAUUUCUUCCGAAUGGUCAUUAAAUGUGUUCCGGCUCCCACAACCGAGAGAAUGGAUUUUGUCGUCCAAGAGAUGAUAGCACUCGGUGCCGAUAUGUAACAUAAAUGAAAAAAAAAUGUACUUGUAUGUAUGAAUGUAGAAUUUGUUAUGCGGUGGUGUCAUA